AUGAAUCCGAGAAUCGUCAUCAUCGGUGCCGGAGCGGCUGGAGUGGCCGCUGCGACACGCCUCAUCGAACGGGGCUACAAGAACGUGAAGAUACUCGAGGCAGAAAAUCGCAUCGGUGGCCGUAUCCAUACCGUACCGUUCGGGGCAAACGUUGUUGACCUGGGCGCACAAUGGUGCCACGGAGAGAAAGGCAACGUAUGCUACGAGCUCGGUUCGAAGUACAACGUGUUCGACUCGAACAGUGCCCGGUACGAACGGUUCGUGCUGACCCGCUCGAACGGUGAACAGAUACCGAAGGAGCGAAGCGAAAAGUUGCUCGGCCUUAUCUGGUCGAUCCUGGAAACGCACAAGCACGAACUGACCGGGUACCGGGGUUCGCUCGGGUCGUUCAUUAUGGGGAAAUUUCGGGCCCUGCUCGAAACCGCCGAAUAUGCGGACGUUAACGAUGAUACGGCGUAUCAGGUGUUGGAGUUUUUCCACAAGUUUGAAAACUCGAUCGAAGCUUCCGACAGCUGGUUCGAUACAUCCGGGCCGGGUUAUCUGCACUACUGGGAGUGUGAUGGGGAUUUGUUGCUAAACUGGCGCGAUAAAGGCUAUCGGACGGUGUUGGAAAUAUUGAUGAAACGACAUCCACUCACUACGGCAACCGAUGCAAUCAACCUGGAGGAUUAUACGCAUUUCAACAAAACGGUCGCCAACAUCAAUUGGACCGCCGGACCGGAUAGUCUCGUAUCGAUCCGCUGCACCGACAACAGUGUGUACGAUGCAGACCACGUCAUAUGUACGAUUUCGCUUGGCGUACUAAAGGAACGCUACCAAACACUGUUCACGCCCGAUCUUCCGCCGAUCAAGCGUAACGCGAUCCAGGGACUGACGAUCGGUACGGUUAACAAGCUGUUUCUCGUGUUCGACAAACCAUUCUGGACGAAGGGCUGGCAGGGUUUGAGCCUGAUCUGGAAUCAGGCCGAUCUGGACGAGGUGCGCAAAAUGCCGGACAGCUGGAUGGAGGAUGUGUUCGGCUUUUACAUCGUAGACUAUCAACCGAACGUGCUGUGUGGUUGGAUUUCGGGCAAAAAUGCACGCCGCAUGGAACGGGCCAGCGAUGAGGAUGUACGCCGUGCGUGUAUGUUUUUGCUGCGCAAGUUUAUGAAAGGUUGUACCAUCCCGGAACCGGUACGGUUUCAGCGCACCAGCUGGUAUUCGAAUCCAAACUUUCGCGGUUCGUACACGUUCCGAUCGAUGACGACCGAUCUUCUGAAUACGUCCGCGUCCCAUCUAGCAAUUCCGCUGACGAAUACGUGCGGAAUGCCGGUCGUACAGUUUGCCGGUGAGGCUACGCACGAUCAUUACUACUCGACCGUGCACGGUGCUGUCGAGACAGGAUGGCGCGAAGCGAACCGGUUGAUCGAUCUAUACGACAGAUUGAUUCCGCCGUUCAAUCAUGGUCCGAAAGCGUACGUUGACGUGCUGAUCCUUGGGGCUGGUAUUGCCGGACUUGGAGCAGCUAAGCAGCUGCGCAAUUCGGGCAAAAGCUUCGCCAUUCUCGAAGCACAAUCGUCCCCCGGGGGACGCAUCAGUACGAAAGCACUGAAAAAGCAUCACGUCGGUGGGAAAGGCUGUCAGUUGGUUGAAGCCGGUGCCCAGUGGUUGCACGGACGACAAAAUGACCUGCACGAGAUAGCCAAGCGGAAUGGGUUACUGCGCGAGGAAACGUCCGAGGAAGGUUUGGGAGAGUUUUUGCGUGACGAUGGUUUCCGGAUAGACGACCAUCUGGUGAAGCGGGUCGACUUUAUCGUUGGUCAGAUUUUAGAACAGUGUGAAGAGUUUGCCGCCCGUACAUCCGGUGGCGAUCGUGACGCAUCCUAUCCGGCAUCGCUGGAGGCAUAUUUACGCGAGCAGUUCCGAAAGCGUACGGAGAAAGAUUUUACCGCCGAACAGAAGGUGCUGGCACAGCAACUGCUCGAUUGGCACUGCCGGUUUCAGAUCAUUGACAAUUCCUGCCUGCACGUAUCGGACAUUUCGGCUAAACUGUGGGGCAGCUAUUCGUUCAAUGGGGAAAGCUGCCAGGCACACAUCAACAUGCGGUACGGCUUCCAGGCGCUCGUUAGCUGUCUGAUCGAAGAGAUCGGCAUGGAGAAGAUCGUAUACAAUAAGGCGAUUUGCGAGAUCCGCUGGUUGGAUGGCCGCAGCAAGGUGAUUGUGAAGUGCACCGAUGGAACGAUUUAUUGCUGCCAGCAUCUGAUCGUAACGUUCUCGCUGGGCGUACUGAAAGACACGAUGGAUCAACUGUUUCAACCGAACCUACCGGCAAGCUACAGUCGCUCGAUUCGCAGCAUCGGAUAUGGGACGAUCGAUAAGAUUUUUCUCCAGUUUGAGGAUGCGUGGUGGGGCAAAGCGGAAGGGAUACAGCUGGUGUGGCGGGAUGAGCUGCGGAAGGAUUCGCACUGGACACGCUUCAUCUCGGGAUUUGAUGUACUCAGUCCGGGUCCGCCGAACACACUGCUCGGUUGGAUCGGUAGCUAUGGAGCGCUCGAGAUGGAGGCGCUUAACGAUGAACAGAUCGUGAGCGACUGUGUGUUUAUUUUGGAGAAGUUUACCAAGAAGAAAGUACCUAAGCCUGUCAAUUAUUACUGCACAAGAUGGAACUCCAAUCGUUAUAUUCGUGGUUCUUACAGUUACACCUCGGUAAACUGUGAUCACGAGCAGAACUUCAUGUCCAACCUAACGGAAACGCUCAUAUGCAAUCAGUACGACAAAUCGGGUGAAGAAUCGCGCAAAAAGGAAUCCUUUCCAGCAAAUAAUGCUUCCUCGGCAGUAACACAAUCGACUACAAUCGGUACCGCCAGUAUGCGAACGGGGACGUCAACGAGCAACACCAGCGGUCACAGUACGAGCAGCAGUAAUAGCAGCAAUACACUAACUAGCGUCCCGAUAGCAAACCCUAGCACCCACAAUACUCCAAACAAAGUCGUCCAGAAGACAGCUGAAUCUUUAGCCAAUGCUCCGAGCAAUUCGAGUACCGGUUCCACCACAACCACACCCGGUACGAAAGGGACAGGUACGAGCAAUAGUAACGUUAACAGCAGCACCAAAACCAGUGCCACAAUCCAUUUUGCCGGUGAAGCAUGUCACGAACGGUACUUCUCGACCGUACACGGUGCGUACCUGUCCGGGAUGGAACAGGCGAAGAAAAUUAUGAUGCUCAAUCAACAAUAA